AGCAGCUUAUCACCAAGAAAUACACUGGCGGUGGCAUCAGAGAACAUAUCUUAGAAAUGAGCCACAUGGCCAACAAGCUUAAGACAAUGGACAUGCCUUUGCCAGAAAAGUUCAUUGUUCAGCUGGUCUUCAAGUCACUACCAAAGGCGUUUGAGGCAUUUCAUGUCAACUAUAACGCUUUUCCAGAAGAUUGGGGCAUUGACAAGCUGAUUGGCAUGUGUGUUCAAGAAGAAGAUCGCCUUAAGAACUCCAAUGGUGGUGAGCUUGCUUUUCAAGUUCAACACAAGAAAAAGAAUUUUCAGAAUAAGAACUUCCAGCAUAACAAGAGACCUUUCCCACCUGGCAAGAAUCAGCAUGAGAGUGGUCCUUCCAGACCACCUCCACAGAAAGACUGGGAAAAUUUUCCAGUUGAACAAGACCAGUGCCUGAAGUGCAAAAAGAGAGGGCACUACAAGAGGGACUGCCCAGAAUUCCUGAAAGAGUUGUUAAGAAAGGGGAUCAAGUAUGAGGAGGACCCUGCCAAGAGGCGCAAGAAGAAUUAAAGUUGCAAACGGUGUAGAAGCUGAAGUCGAAGCCAUUGCAGAAUUUCAUUUAGAAUUACAUAGUGGCUUUGUACUUUGUUUGAGAGAUGUUCUUUAUGUACCGUCUUUGCAACGAAACUUAAUAAGUGUGUCUAAAUUAGAUGAUGACGCUAUUGCUUGUCAUUUUGGUGAUGGCAAGU